AUGGCCUCAUUUCUGGGACCCUACUACUACUCGGAUCCUCGCAACCAGGGCCCACCAGGAUUCUCCUCAAGGGGAGCAUAUGCCCGAAAUUAUAUGGCCAUGACGGGACACCGACCCGGCCAGUCCAUGCCCAGAUUCACUCCUUACACCUCAUCUGACGAGUCUGACGAUGGCCACGUUGUCGUACGUAAGAAAACAAAGCCGCGACGAAAGACACAAACACCGACUCCGCAAGCAACAACAGUGGCGCCCAUGGAUCUGGAUAAAGAAGUGGUAUUAACUGCCGAGCCCGUGGUGUCUCCUAGCGACUCUUCGACCAACAAAGUACCGACAAAGGGCCGGCUUAAGCGAUAUUUUUCCCGUCAGUUUUCCGAGCUCAAGAAGGAGUUCAACGGUCCCCUGACAGCUUCCGUGUCGUCCACCACGCUCGACAACGUGGACGAACUGCGAACGGUACAGUCGUCGACCAUCGCCUCCGUGAACCCACCGACGCAACCCUCCGGGUGUCAGCCUCACCAACUGCCACCACCUACGUCCAUGAGGCACUCAAAGUCUGUGGGAGAUUUGCAUCUGCACCUGCCGCCGCUGGCCACAAAAGAAGAGCAAGGUUCUGCAGCUCCUCUUGCAUAUGAAAACCAAAGCGGGCGAACCUUGUUGCCUACUUCUGUGGACCCAAGCAAAAAACCCAAGCAAAAGGCAACCCAGGCAUCGUCCCCCGACGCACACCGCCCCAUGAUUCAGAUGGGCGACAAGGGUCCUUCGGCCGCGCGCGACAUGGCUUCGCUCGGCUUUUCCGCCCACUCGUCGCCCUCCAAGACGCCCGCUAAAAAGUUGUCUUCGUCGACCCCGACAUCUGCCGCUCCCUCCUCUCUCAACCAGACUAACAAAAGUCCCAAGUCUACCAUGCAAAGACUGGAGGAAAAAUUUGCGUCGUGGUUCUCCAGCAAAAAAUCGACCAAAGCAGGUUCAGCGCGAAAGGGAGCCGGUGUGGACAAGAAGAAAAUCAUCCCCACGAAGUCGUCGUCGUCGUCCGUGUCCUCCACCCUGUUACUGGACUCGUCGUCGUCCAACGAAAACCCCAAGAAGCCCAAGAAGAAACGCGUGGACUUUGUGCUUGUCCACAAACAAGUGGAGUCACUGUUCCACGACAAGAAGCCUGCUCCUCUGAAAUCCGGGUCGUGGUCUUUUGCUCGUCUGCGUGAGAACAUGAGCACGUCGGAAAUCACCCCCGCACCGGACUCGGGCGCAGACCGGUCUUUGAGCGCGGCUCUCAGCGGAAUUACGGGCCCCGGAACCGGUGGCGCUGGUCCUACUGGAACAGUAGGAGCUCCCCAACUCCCUCCCCUCUCUCUCGGCACCUCCCCCUCUAUCAACACUAAUAACUCGACUAACAACAUCAACACUUUGCAUAAGGCCACGACCUCCAUCACGUCGGAUCCGGCCACUCUGUUCCCCGAGUCAGACAUGACCUCGGAGGACGAAGAAGCCCACUGGAACGAGGGAUACCGACUGUGGAAGGAACGACGGGCUGCCUGGCUUACACCCCAUCCUGAGACUCUUCAGGAACAGAAGGAAAAGGAGGAGGGUGGCAACAACGCCGAAGCUGAAAGCAGCGAUACUGUCCGAUUCGAGGAUAUCCCUGAAGAGGGCUACCCCAUGGUUUACGAACGACUGGUUGACAAGACCAAGACUCUCAAAAAGCCGCUUAAUCUUGCAUUUGUGCUCAAGGUAAUGAAGGCCGGAUGGGUGGCCACUGGCCAGUGGCCCAAUAGCUAG